AUACCGUCUUUGAAUAUAUAUACAAUGUAAAACUCCUGAAUUGUGACUUUUUUACCACAGUGCAAACAUGAAUAUGGAUAACUGUACUCACUUAAUUCAGCUUUUGAUAGUUUUCGGAGGUCUAGUACUAAUAGACGGACAGUAUCUUGGUACAUCAGGGUACGGACGAAGAAGAAUAAUCGGUCAUCGGCGUAGGAUUCAUCCAAGAUACCCAGACCCUUAUGGGCCUCUACAUAUCAGGGAUCCGUAUCCUCUUAUGCCCGCACUGAGGCGGCCUAUCAUAAGAGACCCUUAUAUUGAUGGUACAGUACCUGUUGCUAGAAUACGGCGCCCAAAUGUUGUGAGGGACAGUUCUAGAGAUAGACGUCAAGAUAUAAAUAUAGUGAACAACAACAACAAUGAAAACGUUAGAGAAGGAUCGAAUAAUGUCGUGGUGAAUCAGUCAAUCAGGCGUACAUGUGAUCCACCGUGCGGACCUUAUUCUUCUUGUACAGAUGGAAUGUGCCGCCGCCGCAUGGGAUUCAUGGAUGGAGUUGUGGGUGGAGAACAUUUUAUAUAACUGUUAUGUGAUGGUGAUAUAGAGAUAACUAAUAAAUUUAUAUUUCAAUCUGGUAAACCGGCUCUAAUUCCCAUGUAGUAUUGGGAGCCUAGACGCUUGAAUACUUAUGUAAACUUUAGUAAAAACGUGCAAUAUUACAAAUAACAGGCAAAUUAAUUUACAGAUCCCUUUUGCUAACUUUAAACGGAAUAUCGUUUCCUACUUUUCAUCACAUCAGCAAGGUCGAGUAUCACAACAAUACGAUGCACGUUUAUAUAUUUAGAUGCAUACUGUGUGUGAAUGAAUUACAACAAAACUAAAUGCUUCGAUCUUUUGUUUAGAAUAUAUGUUGGUUUUUUUUUUUUUUUUUUUUUUUUUUGUUUGCUUUUACUUAGAUUUGUUUGUCAAUGUUUGAGUACUUUGUAUAAGAUAAGAUUCCUGUGUUUUUUCUACUCCUCAUACUCAGAUCACUAUUUGUUUUGAUGUUAUAAUUAGGCCUAUCUUGUCCCAUAGAAUAUGGUGUUCAAGUGAAACAUGGUGUUCAUUCAAUGUUUCUGCAUAACAGUUUCGCCUAAGUCGGUUCAAGUGAAACAUAUUGUCCAUUCAAUGUUUCUGCAUAAUAGAGUUCCGCUCAAGUCGGUUCUAGGGCGUAAGGGCGGUGUUGCACAUUUUAUUAUCUCACACAAACAGACUCAGAUUCUGCUGUAACAUUUAUGACAUUUUGUUGCGUUCUGUGCUUCUAAAGCAACUAAUAUAUUUUAUUAGAAUACUGCAAAGCUAAAACAAAGGCUAAUCGUACUCGAAUGAUUUUACUCAAUCGUUACGUCAAACCACUGUGUAGUGAAAAGUUAUUGACCUUUGUGAACGUCUGGGUAUGACCAAACAUAUGUGGUUUAAGAGGCAGGUGGCAGAUCCUGGGGUGCACCCAUUCUCUGAUAUAUGUGAGACAGACAUUUCUCGAAAAUGUAACCGAAUCUAUAUGACCUUUUUAAAAAGGAUGCAACCAAACAAAAUAACAGCAGAAAAAAUUAAUUUAGUUUGUUCAGCAGAGUUAUAAUUAUGUGCAACAUACCUCAUGCCUAUGUGGAACUCUUCUAAAAACUAUACAUGGGCGCUAAUUUUUAAAGACCAGGAAUACAAAAUACAUAAAAAAUAUUUUUAUCUCACUUUAUUCUAACCUUGAUUUAUGAAAUAUACUGGCGAUAUAAUCAUUAAGUCGAGCUCAGACGAUGUGACUGUUUAUUUUUUUUUUAAGUUUGACAGAAAGACAGCUUAACGACUAAACCUUUUUACACAGAUAUUUUGAUCCCUUAUCUAAAGAGAGAUUUAUGUUACAAUAAUCCAGUCUGUCAAGGUCAAGAGUGUUGAGAUGAUUCAAAUACUUUUACAUAUUUAGUAUGUACUCUGUGUGUACCAAUUACACUGAAAAUAAAUGUUUCGAUCUAUGGCUAACAA